AUGAUGGAAGAAGGCGACGAUGUGCUCGAACACAUCAAUAAUCUCAAGACGUUGGCGGAACAGCUAGAAGCGGUGUGGGCUCCGGUCUGCGAGGACGAUCUGGUGAUCACACUUCUCGGCAGCCUGAGUGACUCGUAUCAAUUCUUGAUCGUAGCUUUGGAGUCGCGCUCAGACACUUUUAGCUGA